AUGGCGCCGUUUUCGACCAAGAGAUACUAUGCAAGCGAUAAUCGGGACGAAGAGAAGGUUGAAACGGUGGCAGUUGAGAAGAACGGAGAUAAUAUUCCAGAUGCGCCUGUUAUGAGAGAGAUUGAUCCAGUCAUUGAGAAACGUGUACGACGGAAACUGGAUAAACACGUUGUCCCACUGCUAUCAGCGCUAUAUCUUCUUGCCUUUCUCGACAGAUCCAACAUUGGAAACGCGCGCAUUGCCGGUAUGGAAGAGGACCUCCACCUCAGUAGCUCGGAAUAUUCAUGGCUGCUAACGAUAUUUUACAUUUCCUACAUCGUCUUUGGCUUCCUCAUCGUCAUGUGGAAAGUCGUGCCUCCGCAUCGCUGGGCUGCAGGAUGCGUUUUCACAUGGGGCCUGAUAUCGAGCGCACAAGCUGGAGCUCAAUCAUGGACUGGAAUGAUGGUGCUCCGCUUCCUCAUGGGGGUUGCUGAAAUCGCUUUUGGGCCUGGCGUACCGUUCCUGCUUUCGUUCUUUUAUCUCAGACACGAGCUCGGUCUGAGAUGUGGAUUGUUCCUGUCGGCCGCACCGCUAGCAAACACAUUUUCGGGCGCGCUGGCUUACGGUAUUACCAGCGGAAAUCCUUCGUUUGCAAAGUGGCGCGUACUGUUUCUCGCGGAGGGACUUCCGACAGUUGUAAUGUCUGUUGUGACAUGGUUCUUUUUGCCAGACAGCCCAGAGAAAGCGCGAUUCCUUACCGAAGAGGAAAAGACUGUUGCCAAAGCACGUGGUGUGGUACAGGCGGGUACAGGGAAUCGAAUUGGAAGCAUUGAGUGGAGGGAAAUGCUGGAAGCGGUACUAGACUUGAAGAGUUGGGUCCUAGGCAUUAUGUAUUUCUCCGGCAACGUAGCAUUCUCAUCGCUACCAGUCUUUUUGCCUACCAUCCUUACUGAGAUGGGAUUCUCGCACGUGCACGCACAGGGACUAACAGCACCUCCCUUCUUCGUCUCUUUCCUUGCUGUCAUUGGGACUUGCUACAUUGCCGACCGCACCCAACAGCGCGGUAUCAUGAUUGCCAUACUCACAGCAAUCGGGGGUGCUGGUUAUGUGAUCCUGGCUACGACCAAGGCUGUGGCAGCAAGAUACUUUGGAGUCUUCCUAGCUGCUGCGGGCAUCUUCCCGGCCAUUGGCAAUGUUCUGCCGUGGAUCACGAACAACCAGGGUACAGAUACGCGGAGAGGGACUGGCCUGAUGAUGGCGAACCUCAUUGGGCAGUGUGGGCCGGUACUUGGAACUCGACUGUAUCCAAAAUCAGAGGGGCCGCUGUAUGUCAAAGGCCAGUCGAUUUGCGCGGGGUUCAUGUUCCUCUUUUGCCUGCUGGCUAUCCUGUUGCGAACUCUACUUGCGUGGGAGAACAAGAAGCUGGAUAGACAAUACGGGACUUUGGCGCAGCAAAAAUCAGCGAUGCAGGAAGCUGCAAAGGGCGGGGAGGCGGUCCAUCAGGUCGGACUAGAGAACUAUGGUCCAAUGUAUCGAUAUGUACUGUAG